UCUGCAGCAACUCAGUCUCCAAGGUCAUCACAAUGGCCAACUUCUUCAUCUUCCUCCUGCUCUUCUUAUCCUCUCCACUCACCGCAUCUCCAAGGCCAAACCAUAGAGUCCUCCACCAGCCAUUUCUGCCGCAGGAAUCUUCUUCGCCUCCAUCUCCCUCACCGCCUUCCCCACCUCCGAACCCAACUCCCCCAGUUUCCAGUUCCAACUCUCCCCCUCCCAAUUCCCCUUUUUUCCCAUCCUUACCCUCCCCUCCGCCUCCCCCUCCCUCCCCAACCACUGCCUUCGCCUCCUUCCCCGCCAACAUCUCCUCCCUCAUUGCCCCCCAGCCCACCAAAAACUCCAGCGCCCACAAGCUCCACGCCCUCACUAUCGCCGCCGUGCUCUCCGCCGUCGUCGUCGUUUCCGUCGCCGCAUUCUUCCUCUACCGUCGCAGACACCACAACAGCCGCAACUUCCCGGACAACGAGGACGAAAAGUCGUAUGUUAGAUCCGAGCACAGCAGCAGGCUGUUUCAGGCGCCCAAUCUCAGCCACUCCUUCAGUGGUACACACAAGGUCCGAACCGGCUCUUCCAACAGCUCCGAGUUCCUCUACCUGGGCACAGUGGUCAACUCGCGCGGACUCGAGGAACGAGUUGACGCGCGCGCGAGCGUUGGUCGUAGGGCCGAAAAAGAAACUCGGAAAGUCGACUCACCGGACCUCCAGCCGCUUCCGCCGCUUGCUCGGCAAACCUCGAGGCUGAGCCGUUGGGAGAAUGCCGAACCGGUUCUGACCCAUGACCGAGACGAUGAGGAAGAGGAAGAGGAAGAAGAGUUCUACUCUCCCAGAGGGUCUUCGGGCGAUCGCGACAGCUCCAAUGGAAACGGAUCCGGGUCCAGGAGAGUAUUCGCGGCGGUUGCGGGUGGCGUAUUUGAUGAAAGAGGCAGCGAAACGACGUCGUGUUCAUGCUCGUCUUCCGAAUUGGGUUCACCGUCUCGGUCACACUCAAUCAGUCUCUCGCCUCCGGUGAGUUUAAGUCCCAACAGAAGAUCAGAAGAGCCCAAACCGCCGGAACCCUCAGCCAUGCAUUACACGGCGCCGUUUGCUGAUGUCAAUCUACGGUCGCCGUCGUUGACUCCAAUGUCUUCGCCGGAGAGAGUUGUAGAUGAUUUCCCAUCUGCAUCGGACCGAAACGGAGGGUCUCCGUCGAUGUUCUCGCUAUCUUCGUCGCCGGAGAGAGGAUUGGAGAAGACCCCUGAUGUACCGGCGAAAGUUUCGGUCGUUCCGGAUCAAAGUUCGCCGAUUUCCUCACCGGAGAGAGAUUUCGGAAGCAACCAACAUGCAUCAUCGAAAGUUUCGGUGGUUUCUGAUCAAACUUCGCCGAUUUCCUCACCGGAAUUAAAUUUCAGAAACAAACCAGAUGCGUUACCGAAAGUUUCGGCCUUUUCAGAUCGGAACGAUCAAUUCCCUUCACCAUCUUUAAAUUGUUCAUUAUCACCAGGGAGAGAAUCGAACGGUUCUGAUUCAAGAGCCAAGUCCUUUUCACCUUCUAUGUCACCACUGAGAGGUUUGGAGAAGAGCUCAGCUGCCUCACCAAGAAUUUCAAAUGCUUCGGAUCGAGCAUUUAUUCAUUUGGAUCCUAAAAUGCAGUCUCUUUCAUCAUCUUCAUCGUCUUCGUUGUCGAAUUCACCGGAGAGAGAGUUUAGUGGUGGUUUAAAGCAGCCUCUUUCGGUUCCUCCGCCACCGCCAAUGCCUCCAUCACUGAGACUCUGGGAGAAACCAAGUCCUAGAACACCAGUUGGGCAAGUGAUCUCAAGGCCUCCAGCUCUCAUACCUCCUUCAAGACCCUUUGUGUUUCAAAACCCGGGAAAGGUCUCUGUUUCGCCGGUGAAGUUGACGCCAAGUUCAACACCAUUGGAGCCGAUUGAGGAGACUCCGAAACCAAAGUUGAAGCCAUUGCAUUGGGAUAAAGUUAGAGCAAGCUCCGAUCGCGAAAUGGUGUGGGAUCAGUUUAGAUCGAGCUCUUUCAAAUUGAAUGAAGAAAUGAUAGAGACAUUGUUUGUUGUAAAAACACCAAACCCGAAUCCAAGGGAAACGACACCACGUGCAGUUCUUCCCUCACCAAAUCAAGAGAAUAGAGUACUUGAUCCAAAAAAGUCUCAGAAUAUUGCAAUCUCGCUAAGGGCUCUCAAUGUGACCAUAGAGGAAGUUUGUGAAGCUUUAUUAGAAGGAAACUCGGAUGCUCUUGGAACUGAGUUACUUGAAAGUCUAAUGAAGAUGGCUCCAACCAAAGAAGAAGAACGGAAGCUGAAGGAAUACAAAGACGACUCACCAGUUAACCUUGGUCCUGCUGAGAGAUUUCUGAAAGAGCUGCUUGACGUUCCUUUUGCAUUUAAAAGGAUUGAUGCAAUGCUUUACAUGACUAAUUUUGAGUCUGAGAUCGAGUACCUUAAAAAGUCGUUUGAAACUUUGGAGGCUGCCUGUGAAGAAUUGAGAAACAGCAGGAUGUUCUUGAAGCUUCUGGAAGCUGUUCUGAAGACCGGAAACCGGAUGAAUGUUGGGACAAACCGUGGUGAUGCCCAAGCCUUCAAACUGGACACACUCCUCAAGCUGGUUGACGUCAAGGGGGCAGAUGGGAAAACCACACUCUUGCAUUUUGUCGUACAAGAAAUCAUAAGGACGGAAGGUGCUCGUCUCAACGGUGGCAAUCAAACUUCAAACCCAACUUUGAGUGAUGAUGUCAAGUGCAGGAGGCUUGGCUUGCAAGUUGUUUCAGCUCUCAGUUCAGACCUCAGUAAUGUGAAGAAAGCUGCUGUCAUGGAUUCUGAUGUGCUUAGCAGUGAUGUUUCCAAACUUUCCAAAGGAAUUAGCAACAUCGCGGAGGUUGUGCAAUUAAAUGAGACGACGGUGUCAGAUGACACCGGCCGGAAAUUCUCAGAGUCGAUGAACAUGUUCAUGAAAUUGGCUGAAGAGGAGAUUAUAAGACUUCAAGCUCAAGAAAGUGUUGCAUUGUCCCUGGUGAAGGAGAUUACAGAGUACUUCCACGGGAACUCUGCUAGGGAAGAAGCUCACCCGUUUAGAAUCUUCAUGGUGGUCAGAGACUUUCUUACAGUUCUUGAUCGGGUAUGUAAGGAAGUUGGUUCAAUAAAUGAGCGAACCCAAGUUAGUACCGCCCACAAAUUUCCAGUUCCAGUAAAUCCAAUGCUACCGCAAGUAGUUCCAGUAAAUCCAAUGCUGCCACAACUAGUUCCUGGAAUUCAUGGGUUGAGGCGCUACAGUUCAUCCGAUGACGAGAGCGCGUCUCCAUAGUUUCUGCAGCUCAUUUCAGGAUGGCGUUUUGGUUCGAUUUUGUAAAAACAGUGUUAAGUAGGCGGUUUGAACAGCCUGCAUGCCAGGUUUAUAUACAUAGCUCCAGGUUCCACCCCACCUAAAAUUUGUACUUGUAAAAAAUCAUGUAAGCGAUUUUGCGUUAUGUAGAUUAUAUAAUUACAGAGCAGAUUUUGUCUGGGAAGAAUAAGUUGUAAUUCGGAUUAGAUAGUUUCUGGGAAGAUCGAUCAUACAACUGUUGAAUGGAAGCAGAACUCUUGACUGUA